ACUUCGAGGUGGAAUAUCGUGGAAAAAGAAAGCAUCCGCACUUCAGGAAUUUCAUUGAUCAUUUUUACGGGGUGUCAUCAUUCCGUGUCGCCAACCCACCACCUGCAUGCCAGGCGAGUUUCGAAACUUUCCAAAGCAGCAAUCGGUUGGUGGAAGUUUUUCCGAUCUUGCAAGUAAUAAUCUGAUUUGUGAUCAAUACACGAAAGGCAUGUAAACAAAAGUGAUGAGGUGUACAAAUUCGUGAGAUCCGCAUUGAAGCCAACUAGUGAUCGUGGAACAUACUCAACAUUUCGCUGCCAUCAACAUGGCAUUCUUCACGUCGUGCCUUUUGCUUCUGGGUGGAUUGUUGUUGGUUCGUCUAGUGCAGCUUUUAAUCGUCGUCCGCCGGAGUCAACGGGCAACGGACGUUACGCCCCGCACCAAACCCGCGUGCACGAUGAUCGUGAUGGGAUCAGGUGGCCACACAGCAGAAAUGUUGCGCAUCGUCGAGCGCCUCGAUAGCGAUCGCUACUCGCCACGACAGUACAUUAUCGCCAGCGCGGACAAAACGAGCGUUGUGAAAGUGAUCGAGAGCGAAAUCAGACGGCAGCCCGAUCCAGCGCAGCAAACAUAUGAAAUUAUCACGAUCACCCGCAGUCGGGAGGUGCACCAGAGCUACAUCAGUUCUGUGGCGACCACGCUCAUGGCACUGAUCAAUUGCGUACCGAUCGUCCUCAAGGCACGUCCGGAGCUCGUCCUUACGAAUGGGCCGGGGACGUGUGUACCGGUGUGCUUGGUUGCCUUCCUGGCACGGCUUCUAUUUCUGAACACCAAAUGUAGAAUAGUGUUUAUCGAAAGCUUCUGUCGUGUCAACAGCCUCUCGUUGAGUGGCCACAUAUUGCAGUACAUUGUCGAUAUGUUUGUAGUUCAGUGGCCAGAACUUAUCCAGCAAACAACUGCAACCCGGGACGACGUCCGCUGCUUUGGACGGCUGUAAUCUCCAUAACAAAUGUUAUUUAUUAGCACUUAUUUUUACGGAUGACUUUGUUUUAAUGGAUGUAAGGGUAACUGCCAAAAAAUACACUAAUCGAUCAAA